AUGGAAAAUUGGAUAGUUAGAAAGAAGAGAACUAUGCGAAGAAGGACACCUAAGUCCUUCUUCAAUAGACUCCCACCAGAGCUUCAAUCAAACAUAUUUGAUAAGUUGUCUUCAGAAGAACAAUCAAUUUCUAUGUGUGUCUCACAUAAAUGGCGAAAUAUCAUUUUGAACACAACUUUACCAAAUGAGAGUCUAUUACAACCAUUUGUGACGCCUCACAAUUUCCUACCAAACCCAUAUAGGGAAUUGCGAAAUAUAUUCCAUUGGUGUUCAUUGGUCAUGCAUUGUGAAACAACACCCAAAAAACUAUUAGACACAUGCAAUGGGUUAUACUUGUUUUGUCACAAAAAUGGCAUGGCUCCAAACAUCAUUCGUGAUGUAUAUUAUUACUAUGUCAUGAAUCCUAUAACAAAACAAUGUGUAGCUGUUCAAAAGUCUAUAGGUCAAAAGUCAGGAAGUUAUUCCUAUGCUGCUUUGGCAUAUGAUCCUAAAGAAUCUAGGUUCUUUAGGAUCGUACGUUUUCAGGGUCAUCGUCAUAUCAACAUUUUCUCUUCUCUGACUGGUCUUUGGACUACUUUGACUAUUAAUCUGCCUGAACAUAUUAAUAAGUCUAAGUGGGUUCAAAAAUCAAUUUAUCUAAAAGGAUCAAUUUAUCGUCUCUCCAAGUCUGGACAUUUGAUCAGAAUUAAAAUUGAUCCGCAAGAGAAUGUUUCAAACCAAACCGAGGUAAUACAACUACAUUCAGAUUGCUUUGUGAAUGGUUCUAAAUGGGAAAUAACUUCCAAAGACGACAUGGUCAUGUUAGUCUUAUGUAGGGGACUGAAUUUUUGGCUUUUUGAACUCAUAGAAUGUGUUACAAACAAUUCUAGCUCUUAUGCAUGGGACAUGAUUUUUCACAUAGAGAAUGAAGAGUUCUUGCCUCUUAAUACACAUGGUCAAUUGUUAUCCUAUCAUCCUUACCAUGAUUUAAUAUUUUUCAAGCGUGGAUAUCACGUCUAUUUUUACAUAGACGAGUUCAUUGGAAACUACUUCACAAAUUUUGCGAUUGUUGAAUACAGUAAGAUUGUUUACGAUUACAUAAGAAACUGUGGACAACCUUUGCUUGAUUGCUGUGUCCCUUUUGCUUGCACCUUGGAUAAGAAGAAUCCAGGAGAUUUUCUGCGACUCCCUGUUCCACAAUGA